AUGGGCUGCACCAUCUCCAAGCUCGAUGAUCUCCCGGCCGUGGCCCUUUGUCGUCAACGUUGUGCCUUUCUCGAUGAAACUAUUCGCCACUGCCAUGCUCUCUCUGCUGCUCACCUCUCCUACGUCAACUCCCUCCAAUCUGUUGCUCUUUCCCUCCAACAGCUCCAUUUCACUUCUCCGCCUCAUUUGCCCUCCGAUUCUGAUCACCGCCACGACGAUGACGACGACGACCCUCAUCAUUUUCACCCUCCCCCUUUCACUUAUAAUACUGACCGAUCAUAUAUGAAGAAUCAUGUUACCCCUUCCCAGCUCUACGAGCAGACGCCUAUCAGUCCCCACGCUGUUCGCAUGCGCCAAUAUUCCUCCUUUUGCUCCUCUCCAUUCUCUGUUACGAAUCCCGAUCCUUCUCCCUGCCAUGCAGAUCAAACCUAUGAUAAUUCUGCUCCUCCCUACGGGCUGCCGGUUGAUUCUUCGUCUGAGCCACCACCGAGGCUUUAUUCAACUUCGGAUUUUGGCAACUUCUAUUAUCAAGAGGACGGACACUAUUCUCAACGCAUACCGAGCCAGAGCUUGAAGGAAAUACGAGAGGCGGAGGGAAUUCCUGAUUUGGAAGACGAUGAUUAUGAGUAUGAGGUGGUCGAACCAGUGCAGGGGGAUCAAAGCGACGCAGAUGACGGAGCUGAGAACCAUUCAGGAUUCACAAACGAAAACCAAGCAGACCUUACAGAGGCAUCGCUCGACCAAACUAUGCCGAUUGGUUCAAUGGAGAAUGAUGAGGUGGAAGUGGAACAUGAAGUGCAUGAUGAUGAGAGCUUCGGGGAACGAGCUGGCCCUCGGGAUUCUUUUAAGGUCGCCAGCGAGAUUGAGGUUCAGUUCCGAAGGGCUUCUGAAUCUGGCAUGGAAAUUGCUGGGAUACUUGAGGUGGGCUCGCUUCCAUAUUAUCGGAAACAUGGAGCUUAUCAAGCUUUUUCCAAGAUGUUAAAUUUAGUUGCGUUCCCAUUGUCAUUAAUGGUGUCAAGGCCAUCAAUCUCCAAAAGAUACAAGGUUGGUCCUAGGAGCUUGGAACUUGAUAGAGAUAUGUUGACGAGGACACGCAAUCUUUCUUCUACAUUGCAAAAACUUCAUCUUUGGGAGAGGAAACUCUACAAGGAAGUAAAGGCAGAGGAAAAGAUGAGAGUCUUGCAUGAUCAAAAGUGUCGAAUGCUGAAGCGUCUGGAUGACAGGGGUGCCGAUUUUCAAAAAGUUGAUUCAAUUCAAACUUCAAUUAAAAAUCUGACCGCAAAAAUCAGAAUGGCCAUUCAGGUUGUUGAACUGAUAUCUGUGAAGAUAAAUAAGACGAGGGAUGAAGAGCUGUGGCCCCGGGUGAAUGAAUUGAUCCACGGGCUAACUAGAAUGUGGAAAUCCAUGCUUGAGUGCCACCGAAUUCAGUGUGAAACAAUUAGAGACGCGCGAAGCGUAGGUUGGAUCGGAUGCAGGAAGAAGAGUGGCGUUGGUGAUGAAGCCACCAAGCAACUUGAACGAGAGCUGAUCAACUGGACUUUUCAAUUCUCGAGCUGGAUUAGUGCCCAAAAAAGGUACGUGAGAGCGUUGAAUAAUUGGCUUCUGAAAUGUCUGUUGCAGGAGCUGGAAGAAACAUCCCCUGGUAGAAUGGAAGCCCCUGGUGUAUUUGUAAUAUGCAACCGAUGGUGCCAGGCUAUGGAGAGAAUAUCCGAAAAGGCAGUUUUAGAGAUCAUGUAUGUGUUCACCAGGGGCGUGCUCCAGAUAUGGGAACGAGAGAGGAUGGAAAUAAUGCUUGAUAAGGACGUUGGGAGAAAUGUAGAGAGAGAGGAGCAGAAGCUACAAAAGCAAAUACAGGCAGCAAAGCAGAAAAUGGUGAUGGCAUACCGGGAAGUUAACAAUAGUCUCUCUCAUUCAGAAGAUAUCAUAUAUGAUGAUGAUGAGGGUAACGGAAGCACUGUUAUACAAGCAAGAUUGCAGCAAAUUUUUGAGGCCAUGGAGAACUUCACGGGCAUGUCUGCAAGACUUUAUGAAGAGUUGAUGCAAUCGAAUGCUCAAGAGGAAAGAGCCACUGUGGAGCAAGCGGCAUAGGUUGGUCAUUUUAGUUGGACCCUAUACAUAAAGCGGGUGUGGGGAGCGGUACGUUUACCUUUUCUGCUUUUCUUUUCACA